AUCGUGACUCAGCCCAAAAACUUCUGACCCAGCCCAGGAAAAGCGCUUGCCCACGUGCGCGUGUGAUUCCUUCGGAGGGGACGCUUCCAUUGGGGACUGCAUGGGGGGGGAACGGGCGUCGGGAUCCUGCGGGGAUCCCUUGCUCUCUCGCAAGCGCGGCAUCGGGGAUCGGGUUCACAAGGCGUCGUGCGGCCCAGGCAAGUGGGGGGGGGUGUCUGUGGCUCCUCCGCCUGCCUCUUUCCCUUCCUCUCUCUCUCGUCCACCCCCGCGGCCCAGCGGUGGUGCGAUCCGGUGCAAACCAAACGGACGGCGUUAUAUGAGCCCCGGGAUGUGGGGAGUCAGAUCGCGAGCUUGGAGGGCGCUGCUGGGGGCGGAUCUGGGAAGGCGGAGGCGCAUCGGGGCCGAAAACGUCGCCAGCAUGGCAAGCGAAGGCGGCGCAGGGCGCAGCAUCCAUUCGGACAACAUCGCCGCGGUCCACGAGGUGCCCAUGAAGGUGAUCAUCAGACCCAUCGCUCCUGUGUUGGAGGAAGGCAAGGUGGAGAGCCUCAUGAAGACGAUCCAGGUACGGCUUCAGGCAAAAAGCACACACACAGAGAGAGAGAGAAUCAGGGGUCAACCUGAUCUUCUUUUUUUAAUUUUUUUAAAAUAAUAUUUAUUACUUUUCUCUUUUUUUUUAGAUGAUAUUUAUUAAAAUUUCAAAAGAAAAAGAUUACAUUGAUAAGAAAAAUAACAAUAGAAAAAAGAAAAAUACAAAGUACAAAAAAAACACAAUUAAAAACAAUUCCAUCUUUUCAUCACUUCUCUUACAUUUACUUGUUUCCCGGACCUCCUCAUACCUCCCUUUUUUGUAUUCCAAUUCAAUUUGUUAGUCCAGCAAUUCCUUUCCCUCCUUUUUAAUCCUGAUCUUUAAUCUUAAUAUAUUAUAGCAUUAAGUUUUUACGUAUUGAAAACCAAUUUUUCCAUAUUCUUUUAUACCAUUACAGCUAGAAACCACUUAACUUCAAUCCAACAUCAUUCUAACAUUCAUUAAUUUUACAAUAUUUCUGUAAGUAGUCUUUAAAUUUCUUCCAAUCUUCUUCCACCGACUCUUCACCCUGGCCUCGGAUUCUGCCAGUCAUUUCCGCCAAUUCCAUGUAGUCCAUCAUUUUCAUCUGCCAUUCCUCCAGUGUGGGUAGAUCUUGUGUCUUCCAAUGCUUUGCAAUAAGUAUUCUUGCUGCUGUUGUAGCAUACAUAAAGAAAGUUCUGUCCUUCUUUAACACCGAUUGGCCGACUUUGCCCAGGAGAAAGGCCUCUGGUUUCUUCGAUAAGGUAUAUUUAAAUACCUUUUUUAAUUCAUUAUAAAUCAUCUCCCAGAAAACCUUAAUCCUUGGGCACGUCCACCAAAGGUGAAAGAAUGUACCUUCAGUUUCUUUGCAUUUCCAACAUUUAUUAUCAGGCAAAUGGUAGAUUUUUGCAAGCUUGACUGGGGUUAUGUACCACCUGUAUAUCAUUUUCAUAAUAUUCUCUCUUAAGGCAUUACAUGCCGUAAACUUCAUACCUGUGGUCCACAACUGUUCCCUGUCAGCCAUCAUUAUGUUAUGUCCAACGUCUUGUGCCCAUUUAAUCAUAGCAGAUUUCACCGUUUCAUCCUGAGUAUUCCAUUUCAGCAGCAAGUUAUACAUCUUUGACAAAAUCUUAGUUUUGGAUUCUAACAAUUCUGUUACUUUUCCAACAAUUUAAACACUACAAAAACAAUACAAUACAAUACAAAAACACUACAUAACACUAACACAUUAAGCUAACAAAACAAAAACAGUUUAAAAUAAAUCAAACAAUUUCAAUAUCUUAUCUUUCAUUCACUUAUUUCCACGACCUCCUCACACCUCCCUUUUUGUAUUCCACUUCUGUUAAUUGUUUCAGCAAUUCCUUUCCAUCUUCCUCUGUUUUCUAUCCUAUAAUUAUCUUAACACAUUCUAACCUUAUUUUUUCCUUUAAUACUCUGUUAAUCUAUUUAUACGUAAUUCCUUGUAACGUUUCUACUAAAGCCAUAUAACUUCAUUCCAACAUUUUUCUAACAUUCUGAUCUUCGCACGUGUCGCAGUGCCGGAUUUACUACAGUGGUACCUGGGGUCAGCGGCAUAGCGUGGGUUGUCAGCACCCGGGGCAAGGCAAGUAAUUUGCGCCCCCUAACCCGGGGCAAGGCAAGUAAUUUGCGCCCCCUAACCCAGGGCAAGGCAAGUAAUUUGCGCCCCCUAACCCAGGGCAAGGCAAGUAAUUUGUGCCCCCUAACCCCUAACCUGCCGCCACUGCCAGCUUCUUCUUGCUGCUGCCUGGGCUGGUCUGGUGUGGUUCUCACCCGCGCUCAGCGCUGCGCUGGGCGGCCGCUGCACUGUCCCUCCCCCAGAUAGUCCCUCGCUCUCUCUCCGCACCACAGGCCUGGCACCCACCCCCUCCACAGUGGGCGGCGACCCAGCGGCUCGGAUCGGAUUCGCACAGCCAGCACUGCAGUGAGAGAGAGUGAGUGAGCCAGGUAGGGGCAGAGAGCUGCGAGUGCGAGCGCGCCCCCCCAGAUGUUGCGCCCGGUGCGGCCGGCCCCCCCUGCACCCCCACGCUACGCCACUGCCUGGGGUUACAGACGCUUCAGGUUACAGACGCUUCAAGUUACAGACUCUGCUCACCCAGAAAUAGUACCUCAGGUUACGAACUUUGCUUCAGGGUGAGAACAGAAAUCGUGCUUCGGUGGCACGGCGGCAGCUAAAGUGGUACCUAAGGUUAAGAACUGUUUCAGGUUAAGAACGGACCUCCAGAACGAAUUAAGUGCUUGACCCGAGGUACCGCUGUAUUGCCAGGUCAAAAGUUAUGAAUUCAGUACUAUAAUAUGGACUUGAAACCGGUUUUGGACGAUAUAUUGCCCAGCCGUAACACACCUUGUGGUUGGUACACCACCAGUGAUCUAAUGAGUUUCAUUCAGGAAAUCCAUGGCAUGUCAGUGGGUUUGUUCUUGAAGAUGGGAUACGGCCUAUCCAUCAUACUGGGUAUUACUUUCAAUUGCCUUUUAAUUGCCUUUUUCACUGCUUUCUUUAUUUCUUACAUUGUUUUUUACCGUCUUACAAUUUGAACCGUGUGGAAUGCAAUACAGUGGUACCUUGGGUUACAUACGCUUCAGGUUACAUACACUUCAGGUUACAGACUCCGCUAACCCAAAAAUAGUGCUUCAGGUUAAGAACUUUGCUUCAGGAUGAGAACAGAAAUCGUGCUCCGGCGGCGCAGCAGCAGUGGAAGGCCCCAUUAGCUAAAGUGGUACUUCAGGUUAAGAACGGACACCCAGAACGAAUUAAGUUCUUAAUCCGAGGUACCACUAUAUAAGCUAAAGUAUGGUUACUAGAUAUUUUUUUUCAUUGAAUCAGGACACCUUUUUUUUUUUUUUUUUUUUUUUUUUUUGAAGCUGAGUAGCAGCAGGGAGUCAGUAGCAUAGCUGUCAACUUUUCCCUUUUCUUGCGAGGAAUCCUAUUCGGAAUAAGGGAAUUUCCCUUAAAAAAAAGGGGGGAAGUUGACAGCUAUGGUCAGUAGUGGGGAUGGUGAGGCAAAAGACCCUGGGCUCAAGGACACAUGCAUAUUGUAUAAAGGUGCAAAGCCCUUUUUUUGCACCCUGUGAAACAUAAAUGCACAAUUCUUUAAAAAACUGGGCAAUGGUGUGCCGCCUGCCCGUGACUCCGGAGCCUUCCCCGAUCUCCUUCCCCUUCCCCCUUUGUUUUGGCAGAUCAGGGGAGGCUCGGGAGUCACGGGCGGGCAGCCGUUGCCCAGGAGGGGCCAGACUGGUAGUACAGUUGGCUCUGGCUUGCUUCAGGAGCUGCUCACUGCCAUGGCGCAGGAAAAACGGUGGGCGCCACGGCAGCGAGCAGCAAGCAGCUCCUGAAGCCAGCCAGAGCCAACUGCGGUAACAGGCUGGCUCCCUGCUGCUGAGGCUGCCGCUGCCACGUUUCCCGGGGACAAAUUUGCAAAUCCGGGACUGUCCCCGGAAGCCAGGGACAUCUGGUAACCCUAAGCUAAACAAGCUAUAGCUUAGGGCAGGCACAGGCAAACUUGGCCCUCCAGAUGUUUUGGGACUACAACUCCCAUGAUCCCUAGCUAACAGGACCAGUGGUCAGGGAUGAUGGGAAUUGUAGUCCCAAAACAUCUGGAGGGCCGAGUUUGCCUAUGUCUGGCUUAGGGCCCCACUCUCUUGGGGGCCCCAAAAAAAUUUAAAGGGAAAAAACUGAGUGUACAUUUCCAAAAUAUAAGAUAAAUUCAACAAUUACUUUGAUAAAAUACAUAUAUUGUUAUGUGCAAAUGGCUUUAGAGACCUAUUAGGUCCAUAAGUUACCAUAUAUAUUCAACACAAAAAACAGCUGUUGACAAAGGACAACUGGACAUAUAAAGGGCCCCAUUACCUUCAGUAGCUAUGGGCCUCAUCAAACCUAAAUCUGGCCCUGCACGUGUGGUCAUAAAAUUGUAGAGUUGGAAGGAAACCAAGGGUCAUCUAGUCCAAACCUCCCCUGCAAUGCAGAAAUCAGGCACGUGGAACGGACAUUCCUGGGAGCUGAUAGCUCAAUUGGGAGAGCAUGAGAUUUAAUCUCAGAGACUACUGCCAUGCACACUACGUGGGGCUACCUUUGAAGGUGACCCAGAAACUGCAACUAAUCCAGAAUGCGGCAGCUAGACUGGUGACUGGGAGCGGCCACUGAGACCAUAGAAGACCGGUCCUGAAAGACCUACACUGGCUCCCAGUACGUUUCCGAGCACAAUUCAAAGUGUUGGUGCUGACCUUGAAAGCCCUAAAUGGCCUCGGUCCAGUAUACCUGAAGGAGCAUCUCCACCCCCAUCGUUCAACCCGGACACUGAGGUCCAGUGCCAAGGGCCUUCUGGCAGUUCCCUCACUGCAAGAAGCCAAGUUACAGGGAACCAGGCAGAGGGCCUUCUCAGUGGUGGCACCCGCCCUGUGGAACUCCCUCCCACCAGAUGCCAAGGAAAUAAACAACUAUCUAACUUUUAGAAGACAUCUGAAGGCAAUUCUCCCUGUCAUCAUGUCCGUCUGUAGAUAUUCUAUCAUUUGGAGCUGCCACUCAUUUAUCGUAGGUGUUUUGUCACUUUUCCAGUUCUUUGCGAUAAAGAUCCUGGCUGCUACUGUUGCACACAUAAAAAGUGGUCUAUUUUCUUUUUUGAUUUCUGGUGACGUUAUUCCUAGGAGAAAGGUUUCAUGUUUAUUCUUAAAUGAAAACUGAAAUAAAUUUUUUGGGGGUGGGGGGGGAUUCCAAGGUUUGUGUCCAGGGUUUAAGGAGCUUCUGCUUCUCUCCUUACCUCCACCCUCUGCCUGUUUGCUUUGCAUGCCUCCUCCAGCAGCACAGGAGCGCACCGCAGCCCCCCCUUCCCCUGACGGCUCAGGGUAGGCGGGAGUCAUGGGCGGCCAGCACGCUGAAUGUCACCCCCCUCAGUGAUGACACCCAGGGCAGUCUGCACCCACCUUGCUCCGCCCCUGAAGACAGCUUCCUUUUUAAAAUAAUUUACCUUAUUUAUGAAUCACCCUUUACUUUUUUUAAAAAAAAUAUUUAAUCAUUUUUUCAGUACAAACAACAACCACAAAAGACACAUACAGUGGUACCUCGGGCUACAGACGCUUCAGGUUACAGACUCCCCUAACCCAGAAAUAGUGCUUCAGGUUAAGAACUUUGCUUCAGGAUGAGAACAGAAAUCGUUCUCCGGCGGCGUGGCAACAGCGGGAGACCCCAUUAGCUAAAGUGGUGCUUCAGGUUAAGAACAGUUUCAGGUUAAGAUCGGACCUCCGGAACGAAUUAAGUACUUAACCCGAGGUACCACUGUACAACAAAAACCGUAAUAACAUUAAUAACACAAUUUGACAUUUCAGAUUUGAAUACACUGAUAUACCUAUGAGUACACCUUUUAAAAAUUAUUUACCUUCUUUAUGAAUCACCCUUUACUCCAUCUCUUACCCUCCUAGGAAGAAGCUGACCAUGUGCCCCCGAUAGAUGUCCUCUGGAUCAAAGGCCGAGAAGGGGGCGACUACUUCUACUCCUUUGGAGGGUGCCACCGUUACGCAGCCUACAAGCGCCUGGGCAAAGAGACCAUCCCAGCUAAAAUCAUCCGCUCCACCAUCAGCGACUUGCGCACUUACCUCGGUUCCUCCCUGCCUGAUUUGCGGUAGGGAUGCUCUGGGGACCAAGCGGUCCUCAGGAGGGGAGAGUUGAUCUUGUGUUCGAAUCCUGCUUGCGGCUUUCCCACAGGCCUCGGGUUGGCCCCUGCGAGAACAGGAUGCUGGACUAGACGGGCCGUUGGCCUCAUCCUGCCACUCUCUUCUUGCGUUCCUCAAGGAGAUGAGCUUUGCUCUCAGGAUGGCAGGCUUCCGAUAAGGAGACUGUUGAAUCGCAACAGAAACAGAGACUGUUUUUUACCUCAGGUAAUUUCUCCUCCUGGCUUUAGUCAUCUGGCUUUUGUAUAUUUUUUUAAAAAAACAUUUUUUAUAUCGUAAAACACUUUUUAUGGACUUUUCACAAUAGGCUUUGGAAAGAUUGAAGAGAAGCCUAUAAAUGAAUAAAGGAAAAUGUAUC